AUGAAUGGAAUUAAUGUGAGUAUUCUACGUGCUAUCACAACUCGACAAAAACGCUUGGCAAUAAGAAAUAAACAACUUCGUCAUCUGACAAACAGUGUAGGAUUUCUCGACUGGUUGGUUGUUUUAGACCUGCGGUCGAAUAAUUUAUCCACACUUCCAAUUCUUCCAAGAAAUCUGGAAGUAAUUAAUCUCGGCAAUAACGUAUUUACAGACAUACCUGAGGCUGUAUAUGAAUUAACUCAACUAAAAUCAAUCAGUAUUUACAAUAAUCGCCUCCAAAGCAUUCCAAGCUUACUUUUUGAGAAAUUGGUGCAUCUUGAAUACAUGAAUUUCAAUCACAAUUCUAUAGAAACGCUGUGCGAUUCAAUAUCCAAUCUUGUGAGCUUAAAAUAUUUAUCAAUGUCUCAUAAUGCGCUGAAAGCACUACCGGAUUCUAUGUGUCCAAUGCUGAUUCACUUAGAAUACUUAAAUUUAGGCUAUAAUCAAAUUUUAACACUGCCGUUCAAUUUUUAUCUACUACAAAGAAUGAAGACGCUUAUUCUGCACAAAAAUUUCUUGUCACGUCUACCCGAGACAUUCGGUUUACUUGGGUCACUGGAAAUUCUGGAUUUAGCAGGCAACAACUUACAACUUUUACCAUCCAGUUUUGUACAACUGAAAUUGAAGGAGUGCUACAUAGAAGCUAAUCCAUUCACAAGAAACGAUCUAUUCCCUUCAACAUAUCGAGAGAACACACUGACUUUAAAAGAAAUAGCGCUUCGAAAGCUUUCAUCUCUCGGAAUAAUCAGAAUCGGCGAAAACAAUCCUUGGCUAGAAAGUAUAAUAGGAGUGAAAACAUGGCAGUCAGCUGGUUUCUGUGCUCUUUGUAAAAAGCCUUUUAUAACCUUUUGGCUAGAAGGUGUUCGCUUUGUCAAUCUCACGGAGUUGAUGAAAUGUAAGAACCUACCAGUGGGUAAGAAAAGUUCAGAAAUAUUGUAUCCUCUGAGAAAUGUAUUCUGCAGCUAUCAAUGUUUGAAAGCAACUGAUAAUUGUUAUGGACUGGCUAUCGCCUAACUGACGAUAAAAUAAAUACUGUUAGCAACAGCAUCGACGUACUUUCUUUCAUAUGGUUAUCGAAUGUUUCAUGGAAUCUAAAUACACUCAAAGACUCUUACAUAACUUCCUCUUGUUUAUUCAAACACUACGUAAUGAUGUGCUUACUUAUCUCACGAUAUUAUUCAGUUAUCUGAACUGUGUUAGCACUCUACAGUAUUGACUUGAAUCAUCCUCCAGUUUACUCAGUACAUAUUGUAACUAUUCAACUUACUCUUUAUUAGUUCUCUUCUUUCAAUCAUUAUGACAAUUCUAGAGUAUUACGC